AUGUCGCACCACCACCGCGCCUCGACCCUGAGGCAGUCCAACAAGCCCUUCAAGUCGCGGCACUCGUCCAAGUCGGCCCUCAAGGAACAGUCAAAGGGCCGCGCAGCCUCGGCGCAGGACGGCGGCGCAUCCAGAGCUUCGUCCCACAAGUCGUCGCCCCUCCUCUCGGCCGCCGGCAACGAGUCCGGCAGCCGCCAGCACAGAAAGAACCUCGCAAAGCAGGCCCAGAACGCAAAGCGCGCCGCACUCGUCCAGUCCAACCGCGUAUUCACCGCAUCAGCACCGGGCGCACCCGCCUCCGCAGCCGCACUCGACGCGGCCGGCGGCCUCGCAAAGGGUUUCGCAGGCGCAGGCGGCGGCGCCCCGCGCAUCUGCGCCGUCGUCGACCUCACCGAGGACGGCGAUGCCUGGGACGCAGUCAGGCGCAUCGAGCACGAGGGUGACGAGGGCGGCGUAAAGCCCGUCGACGGCAGGAGCGUCGCAGACGCACUCCAGGCCCAGCUGCCCUUUUGCGAGCUCGAGGCGCUCCGAUUCCGCCAGACGAUCCAGUUCCUCCCCCUCCCCUACGGCGCACUCUACCCCAUCCUCGACGCCUGCAAGUGCGCGGACUUCGUCCUCUUUAUCCUCUCGGCAUCCACUUCCAUCGAGCCGGGCUCCUGGGGCGAGCUCUGCCUCCGCACGCUGCAGGCACAGGGCCUCCCCACCUCCCUCUUUGCCGUACCCACCCUGCUCCCCGACGGCGCAUCGGGCGUCGGCGGUUCGAAAAAGGCCGGGCCCACGCAAAAGGCGGCCAACGAGGCGCGCAAGAGCCUGCUCAGCUUCGCGCGCUACUUUGCCCCCGACGCGGACAAGGUCCACGCCCUCGAUGACAAGGCCGAGCGCGGCGCCCUCCUGCGCACCCUCGCCACCUCGACGCCCAAGCGCGUCGCCUGGAGAGACUUCCGCGCCUGGACCGUGUCCGAGGGUGCAGAGUGGGUGCCCAGCGGCAACGGCGACGUCGCUGAUGCGGCAGCGGCAGCGACGGCGACGGCGACGACCUCUGCGUCCAAUGGCGGCGGCACCGACAUGAUCGCAGAGCCGCGCGGCACGCUCAAGGUGCAGGGGUGGGUCCGCGGAGCUCCCCUCAGCGCCAACCGGCUCGUCCACAUCCCCGACUUUGGCGACUUCGAGGUCGAGAGGAUCGCCUACGCCCCGCCGCCGAACGCACGCACGCGGAGGACCAAGUCGAGCGCCGUCAACAGCAAGAAGAAGGCCAAGCAGCAACAGCAGCAACAGCAGCAAAACGGCAGCAGCGCGGCGGCGGUGGCGGCGGCAUCGGACGACAUGGCCGAUGCCGACAUGGCCGACGAGACCGACGCCGUGUCGACGGCAGGGACCGAGGCGGCGCUCGUGGCGGGCGACGUGCUCGACGAGCGCGACACCGACUACGCCGACGACCUCGUGAGCGAAAACGAGGCCGACGACAUGGAAAACGAGCAGACCUGGCCGACCGAGGAGGAGAUGGCGGCGGGCGAGGCGUUUGCGCAGCAGGCGGCCAACGGCGAGAUGCCGCCGCCCCCGGCGCUGCCCGGCACCACGCCCAAGGCGAUUCAGAAAAAGGGAGGCGCCAAGGACGCCGCCGACGACCCCAAGUUCCGCGCCGCCUGGAUCAUCGAGAGCGAUGGCGAGUCGGACCUCAGCGGCGACGAUGAUGACGACGACGACGACGACGACGACAUGGUGGACGGCAGCGGCGACGAGGCGGUCAACGAGGCCGUCGACGACUACGAGGCGGCCAAGGCGGCGAUGAUGGCGAAUGCGGCGGGCGGCUCGUCGAGCGCAAUGGCGUCGGACGCCAUGUCCGAGAUGCCGUUCGAGGACCUCGACGACGAAGAGGCCGAGGCCGAGUACCAGGCGUACCAGGAGCAGCGCAAAAAGGAGCGCGACGCGCGCGACGACGCCGAGUUCCCCGACGAGGUCGACACGCCCGGCGACGUGCCGGCGCGGACGCGCUUCGCGCGGUAUCGCGGCCUCAAGUCGUUCCGCACGAGCCCGUGGGACCCGUACGAGGACCUGCCGCGCGACUAUGCGCGCAUCUUCCAGUUUGACGACUUCCACAAGACGCGGAGGCGCGUCGAGGCGAGCGCGCUCCUCGACGGCGUCGAGCCGGGCUUCCGCGUCGAGGUGUGGAUCCGCGACGUGCCGCGCUCGGCCGCCCUGCGCGCCCGGGCCAAGGGGCUCGAGGCCGAGCUGGCGGCCGCGGCGACGGCGACGGCGACAACAAACGGCAAGGCGGGUGUGGUGCCGUUUGUUCUGUUCGGCCUGCUGCGCCACGAGCACAAGAAGUCGGUCAUCAAUUUCACCGUCACGAGAAACACCGAGUACGAGGAGCCGGUCAAGUCCAAGGACAGCCUGGUGCUGUGCCUGGGUCCGCGGCGGCUGCGGGUCAACCCGAUUUUCUCACAGCACACGCGCGGCGGCGGCAAGGGCGUCAACAAUGUGCACAAGUUUGAGCGCUUCCUGCGCCACGGCGUGUCGGCCUCGGUGGGCACCGUGUACGGGCCGAUUACGUUUGGCGGUUCGACGGCGCCGGCCGUGCUGCUGCGGGAGCGCGUCGAGGAUGGCGAGACGGGGUGGGACCAGCGCGGCGUGGGGGCGCGCCAGAUGCCGCAUCUGGUCGGGUUCGGCAACCUGAUCGAUGCCGGACCGACGCGGAUCAACGCCAAGCGCAUUGUGCUGUCGGGCCACCCGUACAAGGUGCACAAGAAGACGGCGACGAUCCGCUUCAUGUUCUUCAACCCGGAGGACGUGCACUACUUUGCGCCCAUUGCCCUUUCGACCAAGCUGGGCAGGACGGGCCAUAUUGUCGAGAGCCUCGGAACCCAUGGAUACUUCAAGGCGCACUUUGACGGCCCCAUUUCGCAGAUGGACACCAUCCUCCUCACCCUCUACAAGCGCGUCUUCCCCAAGUGGGCCCGCCCCUACCGCGACAGCCAGGACGAGAUGCCCGUGCCCGUCGACGAGGUCGAGAGGCUACAGGCCCUCCGCGACACCGACGCCGAUGCGAUGGAGGCCUAG